CGGAGGUAAAAAUCCAGAGUUUACCCACUUUUAAUUUUUGUCUUUUUAUUUUUGUGUUUAGAGUCACAAUUCAAGCACCGGUAUGACAAGUCUAUGUAGUGCAUGUAGGCGACACUACCUGAGUUUAAGACGUGUGUAUGACAAGUUACUGGCGGAAACGACAGAUGAUAAGGAAGAGGAUGAAUUGUGCGUGGAUAUCAUGUCACUGGUAUGAGAUAUUUCAUUUUAUUGAGCAUGCCUGUAGAAAAGCCUGCAUGCUAGGUGUGCUGGGCCAAGACGAAAUUUUUUGUGACCAAACUGAAAAAUCAUCUUGCCAAUAGUCGAUAGUGAUUACUGUUGAAGAAUGAAGAUCCGAACUGUACAGUGUGUAUCAAAAUAAUUCGAAUCCAAAUUUGGCGUGUAAUAACGCAGAAUAUAUUUGACAAAUUCGGUUGGUUUUUACACCAUUGUUAAGUUCAUUUAUUUACCUUUCAAAUGACAUGCUGUACGCGUCAUUUAGUUGGAAAAUGACGGAGUAUUGCUUUGACAAAAAAAGUCCAUAAAAAUCACAAUUUUCCGCCGAUGGGAAUUGGACAUUUUUUCUUUCAAAGUUAGUCCCACAAGGCUUUGAAAUGGUAAUCAUCACUGAAAACUUAAAUGCAAAUUUAACGCGAAUUUCUUCUCGUUCAACAUGUUGAAAGCAUAGGAGCUUAAAUCUCUUUAAAUGAACACGAAUUUAUUAAUUAAAUUUGCAUUAUCUUUUGUUUGUACGUCUCACUUCGAAUUCCCAUCGGCGGAAAAAUUUGAUUUCGAACAACCAGUUUUAACACACGAUUUCUUGCUCAUUUUUGAUCUUAUUGAUAUAAGAACGACAUAAUCGGAAACCUAAUAGGCUAUUCUUAAUUGCCAUAUAAAAAUUAUAUGGUUUACUUUAGUAUUUUAUAAACAGCAGUCUGUCAAAUUUGGAUUCGAAUUAUUUUGAUACACACUGUAUACAAGGUGUCUCAAACAAAACGCAAUGGAAAUUCAACAGGCUGUCGUGCGUCAUAAAUUUUGCUAAACAAUUCAAUUUUUACAUAGGCCGAAAGGGCUGUUAUUUAGCUUUUCUAUGAUACUUUUUCUGAAUCGUAACGAUGAGAAAUGGCCACAUACUCGUCAAAUAAAAAUUGUCGGUCGAAAUCACACUCUUCUACCGUUGGGAAUUGAAAAUACAUUAAUUAUGCCAAGUUAAUCAAUCCAAAAGCAACGCGAGUCUGUUGCAAGCUAUUUGUUUCGUAAAACGUUUUGAUUACGAAUGUUCUCUGUUCAGUGGUUAAUUGAAGACACUAAGACGAAGAUUGACGAGUUGAGCUCAUUUUAGAUAAUUUAACGUUUAACUUUAAUUUCCUCUUGGGAGUUGUCUAUGUCUCGUUUUCCAUGCAAUUCCCAACGGUGGAAGAAUGUGAUUCCGACCGGCAAUUUUUAUUCGACGAGUAUGUGGCCAUUUCUCAAAAAAAAGAGUAUCAUUGAAAAGCUAAAUAACUGUUCUUUCGUCCUAUGUAAAAAUUGAAUUGUUUAGCCACGUUUAUGAUGCACGACAGCCUGUUGAAUUUUCAUUGUGUUUUUUUUCACAGUUGUCAGUUAAAUUUAAUUGAUUGAAAUAUUGAAAUAGGCAAUUCCAGCUUUUAGUUUAUGCGUGCAGGGCAUGAUGGGAAGUAAUGUAUCAUAUUGCUGAUUAUGCUGAAAAAUUUCAAUAGAAACUGCCGAAACAACCGAAAUAUUUCAAUAUUUACAAGUAUAAGCUAUCACUCCGUGUUUACACGGCCACCAUUUUUAAUUUUUCAGCAUAAUCAGCAAUGUGAUACCUUACUUCCCAUCAUCCCCUGCACGCAUAAACUAAAAGCUGGAAUUGCCUAUUGAACAAUCAAAUAUAUCAAUUAUGAAAUAUGAAUACUUCAAUGUUAAGAUUUAAUUCGUCUGCACAAACAUUCUCCCCAGUGUGUAUUAUAUGAUUUUUUUAAAUUUUCAUCCUCACAACUCACAAAUUAUGUAAUGUAAAAUCACUAAAAUAGUCAAAUGUUCCUCAGUUUAGUCUGUUCUAAGCAACUUUAGAUUUUUGGGGGGCCAGCCAGAUUCCCGAAAUCAUGUGGCCUAGAGAUUCCAGGCUUUUCCAGCUAUACAGCACUAAAGAUCCAAACUGAAAUUUAUAUUUGCCAAGACGAAAAUUUUCCUUUUUAUCAAACUAAUUUCUAAUAAAUUAAUACCAAAAUAUUUACAAGAGUUACAGACUGCAAAGAAACCAAUAUAAUACAAUUAUUAAGAAAUUUUAGAUUUAAACUCAGCGAGAGAUUGAGCUCUGACGAAUUCGAUGCGGGUACAUAUGUCGUUCCGUAGAGCAGUCUUUUUUGACACUUGCCCUCAGGGCAAGUUGCACAUGAAAAUUAGUUGCCCUGAAUAAACUUCACUUCCCAUCAGACAAUGGCCACUGGGGUACCUAGACCUAUCUAGGUACCCCAUGCAGUGGCCAUUGCCUGAUGGCAGGGCUCGAAAUAACGUUUCCAACGUUCCCGAUCAUGGUGAUCAGCUGUCAUGAUUUUCUGCUGAUCAAAUGAAAAUCUGGCCGAUCAGUAUAGGAUACGUCCUGUUUAUAUGUUAUGUGAUAAUGCCGUAGUAUUGCAUGGUGUUCAUUAAUGACAUUAACCACGUUUUUGAGACAAUGGUUCUUGCCGAUCAAGAUGAUCGGCAACCUUGCUUUUCUGCUGAUCAAAAGCAAUUUUCUCAAAUCUACCUUUGGCCCACGAGAAACAAAAUUUGAAUCAAGUCCAUGCACUAUAAAAAAUUUAUCUGACAAUGAAGACAUAAACUUAAAGAUGCCCAGUUUUUUGUGGCAAGGCAACUUGCCCAAUCGGGCAAACAAAACAAAACGUUCACUUGCCCGUCAUGAUAUUCAUUUGCAUCGGGCAAGCGGGCAAGUGUUAGGUUACACCUCUGCAUAGGUUAGAGUCUCGCAAAAUGUGUUCGUCUACCAUAGAAGUAGGAGUAAAUUUUCUUGACAAGUAACUAUAGGAACCAUUAUCAACAUUUCUGUACAUACAGUAAAUGUUUCGAACUGUUGAGUACGUCUGGUUUCAAGGUUGGUCCAAUUCAAUGAUGUUAAGAUAUCUGAGGACCGAAUGUUGUAAUCAGAUUCAGUAAUAGAUCUUGCAGUCCUAUUCUGUAAACGGUGUAGCUUUUGUCCAAGAUCCUUGCGCGUAUAUAUAAGCUAUCCGAAACAAUGCUACAAUAAUCAAAGUGUGGCCGUAUUAAAGAGUUGUAAGUCAAGACAAGAAUUGACUGUCGAAUAGGACUGUUCGGUAUACCGAUAUACCGAAAAUAUCGGUAUUAAAUCAAUAUCGGUAUAUCGAUACCGGAUAUUCAACCAUAUACCGAUAUACCGAUUUUUCCGAUAUACCGGAAUAUAUGGCGAAACCAUAACCUUUAUUUUACCAGUGGCGGAUUUAGACCGUUGCAACUGUAGCAUAUGCUACGGUCAGAUUUUCCAUAGGCCAGUUCUAACAUGGAUCAUAAAAUCAAUCUAAAAUAUAAUUUAGCAAUAUUUUGUUUACUUUCCUUGUUUAUAUUUCAAGGUUUUAUUUUAUUUAGUUUUAUAUGUUCUAAAACAUUUUAUUUUGACAAAUUGAUGACAUUUAUAAUACGUAAAGUUAAUUGUUUUAAGAAUUCCCGCCCGAAAAUACGGUUGUAAUUGCCCGUUUGCGGGUCAUUACGCAAUGGACUAUAGCUUAGAAAAUAUCAUCCUUCAGAAAUACACCGUAGCGUGUUGCCCAUAUAUGAUCAAUUUUCGCUACGGUCAGAUUCAUUAAGGUCGAAUCUGACCGUAGCGAAAAUUGGCAUAUACGGCAUUCUGAUUGGUUUGCUACGGUCAAACGUAGCAAACCAAUCGGAAUGGGGCAAAUGCUAUAGUUUGCUACGGUGGCAUGAAAUUGGCUACUGCUCCAGAACGAUGGAAUAUCUGAUAUUUGUGUUUGGCUCAUCAACAACAUGCUAUUGGGAACCCACAGUACGGUUGUGCGCAUUUCGAAAUGAAAGCCGUCGUAAAGCUAAAGGAUUUAUAUGCGUCGAGGUAGAAAUAAAAUCAGAUAGUAAAACGAAUCAUUUCCAGUCAGGUAAGCCUUAUGAAUGAUAAGAGAUGUACAUUAAUAUUUUAAUUUGAGUUUUUACUGUAUAGUGUUCGCUAUUAACUUCGCUUUAUUAAAGUGUUUGUGCGCGUAUGUACAGUAUACCUGCAUGUAUUGGAAUUAAUACGCGAAUUAUGAUACGCGCGUAUAUAUAUCGUGUUUUAUAGCGCGCUAAUAUUUGUUUGUAAUGCGUAUAUAUUCGUAAGAUACGCGUAUUCGUAUCAUACGCGCGUUCAUAUGAUAUGCGUAUUCGUAUGAUACACGCGUUCGUAGAUGAUACGCGUAUUUCGGUAUUCAAUUGAUAAUGAUAUGCGUAUGAUACGAGUAUCAUACCGAUAUCGUAUGUUAAAAUAUACGCGAGCAAUAGUUUACAUUUUGAGAUCAUUUCGGCUUAUUUUUGCUUAAGAAAUGAAUACAAUGAGGACAAAUUUAAUGGUCACAUGCAGUGCUCAGAACGCAGGAAAUGGCAUUUCCGGGCUUCAAAUUUCAAAAAUUUUCCGGGGGGACAUACCCCCGGACCCCCCUAACUAUGCGAGGUCUUGGAAAAUGCUACGGUCAGAAUUUUGGCUGGAUCCGCCACUGUUUACUACUGAAUGGCAAUUCAAAGAACUUUCUACUGCAAUGAUUUAGAAUUUCCACUUUAGUGAGAUUUUACACUGAGUACGUGUCGUUCGAAACAUGUUCGAAACAGCUUCGAAAUGAUCGUUUUCCCUUUUAGAAUUAUUCAAAAUUUCCUUCAGGAAGACCGGUAUACCGUUAAUAUCGGUAUAAUUUUUUCGGUGUACCGAUACCGGAAAUUUCUCAUACCGAACAUUCCUACUGUGGAAGUAAUGGUUUUUGUCUUCGUAAAAUUCCAAUCACUUUGGAGACUUUCAAGAUUACAGAUUACGAUUUUGGGUCCGACAUACAUGCAUGUCCGAUGACCUUCAGUUCGGUUUGGCUCGGAAAUAGAUCUGAAUGACAAAUGGAUGAUUGGAGCUAUUGACUAAGUUUUGAUCUAGGCAAGAAGAACAAAAUCCAUUACCACAGCUAGAUAGAGCAUGUUAAAAUUAGUAAAAUUGCAAAGUUUGGUUUCGAAUUGUUGUAUUGGGAAACAUAGCCCUGCGAAAUUUGCAAAUUUUGUGUUAAUUUUUGUAUUACGCGCGGGAAAAUGCACCGCUUUCGGCACAAAUGUGGUGCAUUUUCCCGCGCGCGUAAUACAAAUUACUACAAAAUUUGCGAAUUUCGCAGGGCUAUAUUUUCCGUAUUUUAUAACAUUUCGCGGCCAUAACCUUUACUCAUUUUAACAUGCUCUUUCUAGCUGUGUUGAUGGAUUUUGUUCUUCUUACCUAGAUCAAAAUUUAGUCUAAAUUAAGCUGGAAUUAUCAGUUAUAAUAUCAGCACAAUUCGGAACUAAAUAUAAAUGUUGUGCAGAUGUUAAAUAAUUUGUGUCAUUCACACUUAUUUCCAAGCCAAAAUUAACUAAAGUUUGCCUAUAUAACAGCAGUGUUAAAAAAGACUUCGACAACUUAAGCCCGUUUUCCACUUCACCAUUUCGCUCUCCGGGCGCCUUCGAUUAUAUUAAAACAACAUUUCCAGUUCACUUUUUAUACAUUACUCUGAUUCUCCAUUUAACAUACAAGCCUCUAGUCCUAGACUAGGGUACAUUUUGAUUUACGUCAGACAAAGCUACAGUUCUGUCGGACACCAAUACACUCGGGUCGGACAAAAAAUUUCCGUUUCGCUUAAGUUUUGUUAAUGGUGACGUGACAUGCAUAUCUACAAAAAUUCAAAAUGGCGCACAUUUCAUUCCUUUCGAUCAAAAUAUUUGUAGAAGUGAGCAAGAUAUGAAAAAAAAGGUAAAAAAGUAUUAUAUAAAGUCUUAAAAGUUCUUUUAAAUGGGAAAUAAAAAAAAUAUAUUGCCAUUUGCCUUUAAGUACACUUUAAGGCCUAUGGGUGUCUAAAAUUCUGAUGUAUAGGUAUAAGAUGCUAAUGCGUUUCGUCAUUUUGCAGAUGAACGACACGCGACGCGAUUGGACAAUUGGAUUUGAUUGCAAUAAAGUGAAAGAAAAGAAUUACAAUGUAUUGUCGUUGAGUGGCGUGUUUGGUUUCCUCACAUUCAUUUAUUAUGCUGCGGUGCGAAAACACGAGAAGUACAAGAAUAAAAUACGAACACGUAUGUAUACUUUUAUUUUUGAUGAAAUUAGCAAGGGUAGAAUGCCGGACGAGACUGCCAGGCUGCCUCUCUCUCCCGUACUUUACUGCUACGCGUAUUAAGCAUUUGAAAAAAAAACGAAAACCGAUACCGGAAAAAAACCCCGAUAAUACCGAUAUAUCUUAAUUUUAUGCAAAAUGUCCGCUUAAUUUUAUGCAAAAUCUUUUGUUUUCAAAUGAUGCCAAACAGCCAUGAUAUAACAGCUUUGACUCAUCGGGUGCGUGAUAUUUUCAAUAAAGUGUGAGGCCAGUGAUCAGUGGCCUGUGAAAUGUCCACUUUAAGAAUUGAAAAUGCAUACUACUUAUUAGCAUUGAUUACCGCACCGGAUGAAUAAUGUGUGAUAUUUUUGGCCGGAAAAUUGUUUCAAAACAUUUUAUUCAACUGCGAAUUCGAAACAAAGAUUGUCCUAUCUCACCAGAUAGCAUGUCCAAUGAGGUUAGUUUUUGUUUUUCUAAAGCAUUCGUAAUCCACUUUUGUUUUUACGUUCUAAAAGAUCACUUUUUGAUAAGCGAAAUGACAUCUUUAUACACCUUGCAAUGCCAAUGUAUAAACAAACACGUUUUAGAUAGCGCUCUAACCUUAAUUUACGGAUUUUCCCGCGGAGUUAGCACAUUGAUCGUCUUUGACCUUCUGAAAUAACUCCAAUCAGCGCUUGAAAAAGCUUGAUAUGGCGUUUUUAUAUAUGCAAAUGUAAUAUCGAUAAUACCGAAAAAUAUCGAUAUUCCGAUAUAUCGAAAAUUUCAAUAUCGAGUAAUCGGUAUUUAUAAAAAAACGAUAAUUAUCGAUAUCGAUAUACCGCAACAGCCUAACGCGUAUUAUUAUUGCCCCGUACUUAAGCCGUUAUCUCAUACCUAGCGUAUUACCGGCUGCCCUAUUGGCUAUGAGGAGAUGCGUUCAAUCUCGAACCCACCUGCUGACGUAUGUUUAGGAGGGAGGUUCGAGAUCGAUGUUUUCGGCGGCGACCAUUAUGGGCUAGUAUUCCAAAGGUCGUAGGUUCGAAUCCCACCGUGGCCGGGCAUAUAUUUCAAGCUCGCCCGGUGUGGAUAUACACUCAGAGUAACACCACAAAUAUCAUAUUCACCUGAGUACACUACACCAACACAGAAAAAAAAUUCAUAUUACUAGAAUACAUUGGUAUCGAAGGAACUAGAUUUUGUUCCAAAAUAUCACUUACUCGAACCGUCCUGACCGCGUAGCUCGUUGGAAGAGCAUUGGGCUAGUAUUCCAAAGGUCGUAGGUUCGAAUCCCACCGUGGCCGGGCAUAUUUUUCAAGCUCGCCCGGUGUGGAUAUACACUCAGAGUAAUACCACAAAUAUCAUAUUCACCUGAGUACACUACACCAACACAGAAAAAAAAAGAAAAAGAAAAAUUCAUUAUGAAGCGAUUUGAACAAAUUUCAGACGAGGAUUUAGAUACAAAAAUUGAAGAUUUAUAUAUAAAUCUUGGUAAUGUUUUCGCAGAAUGUGUGCAUUUUCUCUUUUCAAGAAUAAGGGAAUAUUGUAAAGAUUUUUUUAGCUUCAAUUUAAGCCUAAGUUUGUUUGUUUGCGUAUAGUAUGUUGGCUGCUAAAAUGUUCGUUAUACUGUGGCGGAUAUGUGCAUGCAUGGAUGUUUCCGAAGAGGGUUAAAAGUACCAAAUUGUGCACAGUAGCAUCUUUUUAUGAAUAGAACAACAUGCAAAAGUUGGGCCAUCGUGAAACUGGGUUUUUUAGAGAGUUGCGAUGCUAUUAGCAUUAUUUGCUAUUAAAUUCUACUACAACAAAAAAUGUGAAAUUUUGAAUUCAAUCGCGACAGAUAUAACUUGCAUCAUCACAAAGCUUGUAAAAAACUACAUAAAAGACUUUUAAACAGUUUUCAGUUUUAUUCUUCAAAUGGUUAUUGGCUGUAAAUUAGGCACAUUAUCUCGCUAAAAGUCCCUAGUAAUUAAUUAUUCGAUGUUUGAAAAUGCGUUUUUAACAGUUUAUAAUUCGAAAAUUAUUUCAGAAAUCAAAAACUGUCUAAAUGUCUUAUAUGCAGUUUUUUAUAAGCUUUCUGAUGAUGCAAGUCAUAUUUGUUGUAAUUGAAUACAAAAUUUCACAUUUUUUGGCUAUAAUAGAAUUCAAUAGAAGAAAAUCACUAAUCACCCGCGCGUUUUCAGGAGUUAGCAGCAAUAUAGCGAUGGCCCCACUUCAAAUAUCUAUUAAGCAAAUAAAACUACAUCAAUUGUAAAAGUUUGAUGCUUUUAACCUCAACGGGAACUACUGAUCAAUAAUUUUACACAUAUCCGCCUCACUAUUAUCCAAACAAGAAAUUAUAUACCACAAUGCGUAAAUUCUUCAGUGCUUUUUAUCGAAAUGGCAUGUGAUAAAAACCAAACAUACAAGGUGAAUAUUGCAGGUUCGGUGAGAGUGGGAUUGGCGCACCUUGGGGGACUGGAAGUUUCCAGCCACCCGAGGUGCGUCCAAUCCCGGACACACUUCCCUGCAAGUAUGUUUUAUAACAAACAUACUUGCAUAGGUUCGGUGAGUCCGGGAUUGGACGCACCGAGGGUGGCUGGAAGUUUCCCGAACUCACCGAGCGAAGCGAGGUGAGUUCGGGAAACUUCCAGCCACCCGAGGUGCGUUCAAUCCCGUACUCACCGAACCUGCAAGUAUGUUUGGUUUUUAUCACAUGCCAUUUCGGUAAAAUACUAAAAAUUACUGAAGAAUUUUAUACGCAUUUUACUUUUUAGUAUAUAAUUUCGUGUUUGGAUAACGAACGUUUUAGCCGCCAACAUGCUACGCAAACAAACAAACUUAGGCUUAAAUUAAAGCUAAAAAAAUUCUCUACAAUACUCCCUUAUUCUUCAAAAGAGAAAAUGAACACAUUCUGCGAAAACAAUGCCAAGAUUUAUAUAAACCUGCCCGUGCCGAACAAAUUUCGGCGGCCAUCUUUCUUCUCUUCCACUUUGAAUACAGAAUAUUCCAUUUUUAUCAAACAAAAUAAAAAAAUAAUAAUUAUAAAACAAUUAAAAACAGUUAAUUUAUUUUUUAUUUAAAUCUUCGUCUGAAAUUUGUUCAAAUCGCUUCAUAAUGGCCGCCGCCGAAACAUCGAUCUCGAACCCACCUCCUAAACUUACGUCAGCAGGUGGGUUCAAGAUUGGACGCACUUCCUCCUAGCCAAUAGGAAAGCCGCUAAUACGCUAGGUAUGAGAUAAGUUAUAAAACACCAACUUAACAAUCAAGGUGCACCCAUAGUUAAUAGAAUAGAUGGUUUGGAAACUCAUUAGAAUAACAAUAUAACUCAUUAUCUAUGUUAGUCAACGUUUGUUCAUAAAUCUGGUCCUUCGCCGUCACGUGCGCAUUGUAUUUUUGCCUAACUAAUCAAUAGCAUGCAAUGUUUUAAGAAAGUUACCUAUCGGUGACUCGAACAAUAUAGGAUAAGUUUGAAAUUGCUAUUGGUGGGUUUGGCAGAAAUACAAUACACGCUUGACGGUGAAGGGCCAUAUUUAUGAAUGAAAGUUGACCAACAUACUGUAGAUAAUGAGUUAGAUUGUUAUUCUAAUGAGUUUCCAAACCAUCUAUUCUAUUAACUAUGGGUGCACGUAGCUUUUAAAAUGAAGUGCGUAAAGUACAGGUUCCCAACCGGUAUUCAAUCAGUAACUACGAAUUAGAAUAAGAAGCACAACUGCAUUUAUCAAAACACAACAAUCGACUUAAACAUUCCUUACGUCUACAGGGUGUAUCAAAAUAAACGCAAUUCAUUUUUGUGCUUAAUAACUUUCGAAAUACUAUUUCUAGUUAAACGCUUUUAGGCUUACUUCAAAGCCUGUUCUUUUCUCUUUCAAACAAACUAUUAUCCUUGUCUCCAAUGCUAGUAAUAAUUGCACAGGAAAAGAUUUAGUAAAACCUAUCAUUUUUAGUUCCUGUUUAAUUAUGCAAGUUUACUAUGUUAUUAUUUAGUCGGUUUAAAUGUUAGAAUUUUCUUCUUUAAACUUUAAUGUUGUCGUCACUACAUCUGGAAAACCACGUAUAAGAACAAAUUAAAAGUAUUUUAAAAGAGACCAGGUUGUUUGAAAAUCCUAAACGAAUGCUAAAAAUCGUCAAAACAUUCUGGUGUCUGAGCCAGAGUGUCAUCGAAUUGCGAUGUAAUGUAAUGUAAACAGAAAUUAUAGCAAGUUGAUGUCAGUCAGCUUAGAUGGUCCAAGCCAAAAUUAUAUGGCAUUUGAAGUUUCAAACUGAGUUAAAAAUAGUGGAAGAAAAGCCGUAAUUAUACUUAUUGUUACAAUCCAUUUAAUAAAAUGCAACAUUUUUUUGUUUUAAUGAAAAAAUCAGUUAUUUUCAUGAGAACGUUUAGUUAUUCCAUCUCAAUUUUUUUAAUCUCCAAUCGCAAUAACGUAAAGUAUUAUUACCCGCGAACCAAUGAGUCAAAUUUAACAAACAACCCACUGUUAGAAAGCGGAAUGGCUACGCUUUAAAAUGAAUGUAAACGUUAACGUUUUCGUCUAUUAUUUGUUUAGCAAUUUACAUUUCAGUCGAGGAUUGCGCUUUUUUUGAUACACCCUGUAUAUUCUAAAAGCUCACUCACACUCAAUUAGUGGAGGUUCAAUCUGAGCUUCUCUUGAGUGUCAGUGCUGUUUUUGAAUAGCUGGAGGGUGAGUAAUCACAUACUAAGGUACGACACUAACCCUCCAGCUAUUCAAAAACAGCAUUGACACUCAAGAGAAGCUCAGAUUGAACCUCCACUCAUUGAGUGUGAGUGAGCUUUUAGAAUACGGGCGUUAGUUCCAUAAGGGACCUAUCAUUAUUUAUGGCUGGAGUGGGGCCCGAAGAGAAAGUAUAAAGGAGCCGAAAAAAGCAUUACCCCACCUUUUCCGAAACAAAAUUUCUAGCUACGCCACCUUUUUCGAACCAAAAUGUCCAACUAACUCAAAAAAUAUUUACCUCACCCACACCUUUGGGCCGAAAAUGGUAGCAAUUUCCGCACGCAAUACAAAAUUGUACAAAAUUUGCAAACUUUGAAAGGCUAUAUUUUCCGCAUUUUACAACAUGUCACAACCGCAUAAAAAUUUUACGCUAUAAAGCAAUAAAAAGUAAAUGGGCUUGUUGUUUUAUGACUAUAGAAUGCUUAGCUAUUCCUGUGUCAUAUGAAAGAAAAUAUGACACGCAGAAAUCGAACGAAAAUUAUGUCAAGAAAAGUCGGUCUUGCCGUUCCCGCAAAUGUCAAGCUUAAACUCCCUAAUCAGGGAAGGGGGUGGCAAAGGUCGCCUUUGGGGGAGGGGCGUGUUUGUCUUUUCAUAACAGUCGCGAGCUGUUUGUACGAUCCCUGGGUACGAAAUUAGAGAGUUUGAGCAAGAGAACGAAGUAGGACGACGACGACGUGGUUGACAAUUUUUGCCUGUCUUGUACAUUAUCUUGCGCAGUCUGAGUUUAGGGUCAGGAGUGAAGACAGAUUAGAGAUUCAUGUCUAGCUGUUUGUGAAUGCUGAGCCAAAUCCUUACCCUGAUCAGGAUAAAACAGCGAGGCAUGAAUCCAUAUCCCGUCUUCGUCUUCUGCCUUCGUUCACAACGAAUAUUUUGGCAAAAUUCGUUGUGAACUUCGUUCUGCACGAAGGCAGAAGGACAAAGACGGGAUAUAGUUUCAUGUCUCGCUGGGUUUUUUUCUGGAUCAGGGCAAGAAUUGUGGUCAGUAUUCAUAAACAGCGACACAUGGGAAGACACGUUGUGCAACCACUAGUGACGUCCAACUCAGUAUGCGCAAGAUAAUGUGCACACGGCAAAAAUUGUCAAGUAUGCCUUCGUCUUCGUACUUCGUUGUCUUGCUCAAACUCUCUAUUAACUUGCGACAGUGUCACGACAGUUACAAGCAUAUGGAAAGAAGCAUAAAAAUUAUUCGCGACAAACACUUCACGACACGCUCGCGACAGUUACAACAAUAUAGAAAGCAGACUUAUACUGCAUGUUGGUUAUGAAUCAAACCUUGAUUCCAACAUCAAACGAAUUAAAGAACACUAAAUCUAAAGAACGAAUAGAACAGCAACGAGGAUGUUUUAUAUAUAAAUGGACACUGUUUGAUUUCUUGUAACGUAAAAGCUAUAAAAACUAUCGCAAUGAACUAAAAGAUCAUUGCAUUCAGCAUGGAUAAUAAAAUAAAUGGAUAGGACUCUCGCUAGGCUGGAUCGAUAUACCGGAUACAUCCGAUAUACCGGUAUUUGUUUAGAUACCGGUUUGGCGAUAUUGACAAUUUAAAAAUACCGAUAUACCGACAUUUCGGUAUUUUGCUGCCUAAUACCGAAAUGAAACGCUAUUUCAAGUCAAACUUGCUUACAAUCACGUUUAGAAAGCAAAGUUAAUACUCACAGAUGCAUGACAUGCAUGAAAACCUUUUCUGGCUUUUCAAGUUUUUUUUUAUCGGAUAAGAAGGUAACUUUUUGUUGUUUUUAAUCUUAUUUAACUGACAUGCUAACUUGUUUAUGCGUUAGUUUUAAAAAUGCAACGUUUUUUAUGUUUAUAACUAUUAGCAGCUUACUGAAACACUAUCUGAAUUUAUAUAGCUACAAAACGAAUAUUUUUCUGAAUGAUUCAACACUUCGACGCCCUACUAAUAAUUGCAGCUUAGCGCUGUUAAUUGUUAACAUAGCUUGAUAAUGCGAAUCUUGUGACAUUUGCACUAAUAACAGUAUGUGCCACAUUAAUAUUUUGUCAGAAUACCGGUAUUUACCGGUAUUCUGAUGGCGGUAUAUCGGUAUUCGGUAUUUGCGAUAUCGAUCCAGCCUAACUCUCGCUGACGUAAGCAAAAACAACCUAGUUGCAAUCUGUGACGUCACGCGUAUUGCAAAGUUCUCUGCAUUUUUGUUGUUUCGCUAUAUUUUCCGCCUUAAAAGAGCAAUAUUGAAGCAUAAACCGGUCUAAUUGUUUUAAAAACAUGCCUAAGCCACGACAAAGUAUUCAAGGUAAAUGUUUUUCGUCUUUGUUUUGUAUUUUUUUACAUUUGUGGCUACGAAAUUGGCGUCCCCAAUUUUAACGAAAUUUGGGAUGCCUUUUUCACUGUUUAGUGCUUGAUAUAUUUGCUAAAAUUGACUGGGAAUACUUAGAGAUUUCAUCGUAGAAUGGCGUAGUUAUAUUCAUUUGCUCUUUGACUAAAAUGUUUAGCUGUAUUAUUGCUAAACAUGCCGUUUUUGAGAAUUUGGUUUGCAACUAGGUUUCAACAUCCAAUCACGCCAUCAGCCCAUUGAAAACAUUAGGUCACGUCAGCUAGUUUCCUAUCCAUUUAUUUUAUUAUCCAUGCAUUCAGUAAGACUUAGAUUUUGAUAUAUAGCACUUGAGUUUACAUGCAAUAUUGACUGCGCUAUUGAUGUUUGAACGUUCAACUGCUGCUUUUGAAAAUGCAAAAAAUUAGCAUAAAACAACCUAAUGUAAUUUUACCGCAUGCAAAUUCAAGUGUUCUAUAUCAAAAUCUAAGUUAGUCCUUUCUGAAUGCAAUGAUCUUUAUUUCAUUGCGAUAGCUUUUAUAGCUUUUACGUUAUAUGAAAUCAAACGAUGUCCAGUUUUUUUGGGGGGACUCCCGGUAUAGAAAAGAAAAUAAUUUAAUAAAGUUUGCAUUCUUAUUAUAGGGUCUCGAAGAGCUAAACAGGUCGUCAAUUAUGAUUCUGAAUGAUCUCAAAAACCAUCUUUAAUGCUCUCAAAAGCCAUCUUCAAGCCAUCAUGAUGAGAAUUGGAAAAAAAUGGAAUGGUAUGAUAUCGCGUUGUGUGAAUUCUCGUUGUGUGAUCUGACUCUAGUUAAUUCCGUGAUUAGAUGACUACCACUAAACUGUUAACUGCACCUAACCUCAAUUCCUUUUAUCAUUUCAUUCUUAAGAACUUCUGAAAUGAUGUGAUAACUUAUUUUGAAGACUUUCGUUUGCUCACUUUGUUUCUGAGAUAUUUCAGUUUGUUUGGUAUGCAAAUGUCCGGAAUUUCCGUCACAAAUGCAUAAUGACGUAAAGUAAAAGCUUGAAUAUCGUAUUCACUAUCGAGUUUAAUUCAUUAAAUGAAGUUUGGAGUUGUGGGAGGAUUACAUAUACCUAUGCAAAACACCAUUUAGCCUUUUUAUUUCAUGAUAUUUAACAGUACCUUACAUUCUUUGGUCAGUCAUUAUUCAUAUGUGACGUAAAUUCCGGACAUUUGCAUUUCAAUAAAACUGAAAUAACUUAGAGACAAAGUGAGCAAACGAAAAUCUUCAAAAUAAGUUACAAUAUCAUUUCGAAGGUUCUUAGGAAUGAGAUGUUAAAAGAAUUGAGGUUAGGUGCACUUUAAUCAUAACACAGUUGAAUGCAUUUUACCUUUUGUCCGAUCAUAGCUAAUAGAAUAGAUGGUUUGGAAACUCGUUAGAAUAACAAUACAGGGUGCAUGUAUGAAAAAAAAGUAGACAACUUUCAAACGGCUCUCAAACUCACAAAUCCAUUCAUUUCAUGAAAUUUUUUAUAAAGAUAGAUUGUUUGGGUACUUAUAAUGUAGAAUAAACAAACAUUUUUCGUGAAGAUAAAUUUUCCAGAGCAGGCGAGGGGGGGGGGUCUUUUUUAGUAGCAUUAAAAAUAGCUUACGCGCGAAAUUUAAAAGUUUAAAACGCAUUUUGAGUUCAUAGGCGAGAAACGUGUUAUGUGUUUUAUCAAUGCUCCAAAUAUCAGAAUAUUCGCUUAAUUUUAAGUCCUUUAAUUAAAUAGCUGCUGAAACUUUCAUUUUUUGACACAAAUGCCCAUCACGCAUGCUUAAUUAAUGCGUUUACCAAAUUUGCAUAUUGGUAUUGUAAAAAAAAGUAAAAUAACAAUAUGCAAAUUAGGUACAUGCAUGAAUUAAGCAUGCGUAUUAUAGGCAUUGGUGCCAAAAAAUGAAAGUUUCAGCAGCUACUUAAAGGACUUAAAAUUAAGCAACUUUUCUGAUAUUUGGACCAUUAAUAAAACACAUAACAAGUUUCUCGCCCAUGAACUCAAACUGCGUUUUAAAGCUUUUAAAUUUCGCGCGAAAGCUCUAUUGUUAACGCUGCUGAAAAAAACACCCCCCCCCCCUCCCCCCGCUCUGGAAAAUUUAUCUUUACGAAACUUUUUCGUUUAUUCUACAUUAUAACUACGCAAACAAUUUAUUAAAAAUUUCAUGAAAUGAACGGAUUUCUGAAACUGAGAGCUGUUUCAAAAUUGUGUACUUCUUUUCUGAUACACCCUGUAUUUAGUCUGGUUCUUUUAAUCAGGUCAAAUCUGACCAGAUUCCUGGUUACAGCAACUAGACUAUGGUAUAGGACCCUUAUUGAUCGCUUACUCUCGAUAUAAAAAAAAAAACAGCGCGAUCCCUCUCUUGACGGUAACAUGCAUAUCCUCAAUAAUCCAAGAUGGCGAACAGCUCACUUUUUCAGUCGAAAUAUUUUGAAAACUAAGCAAGAUAUAAACAAUCUGUAAUAGAGUUUAAUAUAUAGUUUUAAGAGUUCUUUCAAAUGAACUAAAGUAAUUUUUUAUGGCCAAUGUUCUUUAAAGUGUAAUUUAUAUAAAUCGUUCAACAGUGAAAUUACUUAUCUGUAGAAUAGCGGGGUAUGUAUAGGUCUGACUCUUCCACAGUCCCUAACAUUGCUUAUUCAUGCAAUGAUUCAUGGGAAUGCGAUGAAAAUUGAGUAUAACGCGAAGGACCAUCGCAUUCCCAUCGUUCAGCGCGCGUUGGGUAAUUCAGCGCGCGUUAGGUAAGCGACUGGGGACGAGUCGGGUAUAGGUAUUCAUCUCAUAUUCAAAAUUUACAAAUAAUGUAAGAUUUUUCUUGGGGGAAAUUUAUGUUUCAAAAAUACCAUAUAGUGAAAUUUUGAUACAAAUUUUAUUUUUGUACAAUCGUUAUUUUUUAUAUAUUUAAGAAUUUGUAUGAAUUGAAGUUAAUAAUCAAUAUUUAAAAUAAUUUGUAUUUUCAGUUUCAGUCUAAUAAAUGUAUUUAAAAUACUCAUUACAGUGCAUCUACUGUAAGUGGGGCCACUUAGAGAACACUAACCAAUCGCAUUGCAGAACAGAAAGAAAAAUCUAAUCAAACUAAAGCUCGUCCAAUCAAAAGAAAGAUUCAGGAAGCCAUUAACUGCAGUGUUUACUUUUACAAUUCUAUUUUUACUGUUUGACAUUCGUUUAUUUGUUCAAAUUGUUUUUGGCCUAAUGCUGAUUGGCUAAUGCGCCGUUUGUUGAUUUUUUCAAUUUCUGUUCUUCAAUGUGAUUUGUUAGUGUUCUGUAAGUGGCCCCACUUAGGGACGGACCAUUUGAUUUUUGAUGGGGGGGUGGGUAGAAUCCCCAAAAAAAUAUCGAGCAAGCAAUUCAAACUUAAAAAAAAUAUCGUGCAAGAAUAAACGGACGAAAAAAAAUAUCGAGCAAGAUUUUCGAGUGGUAAUCCUUAUUUGCCAUUCGGUGCAUUUCCGCGUGUAGCCCAGGGCCGUAUGUAGCAACUGGAGGAGGGGGUGGGGGACUGCAGGGUCCAGGAAAUGGCAUUUCAGAGACUCUAAAUUUAAAAAUUUCCUCGGGCCUUCAGCCCUCGCUUUCAGGCCCUCCCCAAUCAAAAAGAGCUUCCUACGGCCUUGUAGCCUAAAUAAUGGGAGGACCAGUAUAAUUCCAAAAAUGGUUGUUCUUUAUUUCUUUACUCCGACUCCUAUGAUGAACAUGUACAUAAAAAACUAGGUUAAACUAGGUUACUACGAUUAAAUCACGGCCGUAGAAAGUAAAAUAGGUGAAAUUUUUAUGGGACACAAUCAAAGGCGAGGAUAUAAGAGCGAGAGAUUGAAAUUGAGUAGGAAUAGCGUACAGGGGUAUGCGUUUUGACCUAACAGCUUUCUUCAGCAGGGUUUUUUAAGAGGGGGGGGGGGGUUAGAUAUAAUUUGAAGAGGAGAAGGAAGGAGAGUUUAUAGGAGUUCGGAAAACUUGUGACUGUAGGUGAUUGCAUCCAAAUAUGGUGUUAGUGGUGUAGGAGCUUAUAAGACAGGGAUAGGGGCGUUUGGCAAUUAGUGAUACAUAAGGGAUAAAAAUAAUGAUAAUAACACCGUGCAGGGUUUGAUUUUGUUUAAAAUAUAUGAAUAUACAAUAAUAACUAAAACAUGUACAUAUAUAACAAAACCAAAACAGAGAUUAGUAAAUGAAUGAUACGAUAUGACCAAUAGAUAGCUAUAGCUAGUUCUGGUGUGGAUUUUGCUACGUAGAGGAUCCAAGUUCACAUUAUUUUCCGAACUCCUAAACUCUCCUUUCUUCUCCUCUGCAAAUUCUAUAUACCCCCCUUUAAAAAACCCUGCUGAAGAAGACUGUUAGGUCGAAACGCGUGUAGGGUUGCCUUUCCUAUACUCAAUUUCGAUCUCUCACUCUUAUAUCCUCACCUUUUAUGGAGUCCCAUAAAAAUUUCACCUACUUUAGUUUCUAUAUAUAAUCGUAGUUUCC